ACAGUCAGAGCAUCAAUCACAUUGAACACUUGAGCUGAACCAAAGCUGGGAAUCCACCCAUGUGAUGACGUCACUGGGCUCUGACAAGCUGGUGGUGCCGGAAGAAAAGAUGGCGGAUCAUGAGGAGCAGCUAUCCGACGAGGAAAAGGUACGCAUAGCAGCUAAUUUUGUUAUCCAUGCCCCGCCAGGAGAGUUCAAUGAAGUUUUCAAUGAUGUGCGAUUGCUGCUCAACAAUGACAAUCUUCUCAGGGAAGGUGCAGCACAUGCAUUUGCACAGUACAACCUGGACCAGUUUACCGCGGUGAAAGUCGAAGGCUACGAAGAACAGGUCUUAAUCACAGAGCAUGGCGACCUCGGUAACGGCCGCGUCCUGGACCCCAAGAACAAGAUGUCCUUCAAGUUCGACCACCUGAGGAAGGAGGCCAGCGACCCGCGGCCCCACGAUGUGGACGGCUCCCUGGAGGGCUGGAGGAGCGCUGUGGACUGUGCUGUCCGAGCUUAUGUCAAGGAGCACUAUCCCAAUGGAGUCUGCACCAUUUAUGGGAAAACCAUCGACGGACAACAAACCAUCAUCGUGUGCAUCGAGUGCCAUCAGUUUCAACCCAAAAACUUCUGGAAUGGACGCUGGAGGUCAGAAUGGAAAUUCACCAUCUCCCCCUCCACCACUCAAGUGGCGGGAAUCAUGAAAAUCCAGGUUCAUUACUAUGAAGAUGGCAAUGUUCAGCUUGUGAGCCACAAAGAGGUCCAGGAGUCCAUGUCAAUUUCUAACGAGGCUUCAACUGCAAAGGAGUUUGUUAAGAUCAUGGAGGCUGCAGAGAACGACUAUCAGACGGCCAUCAACGAGAAUUACCAGACCAUGUCGGACACUACCUUCAAAGCCUUACGCCGCCAGCUUCCUGUGACACGCACCAAGAUCGACUGGAACAAGAUCCUGAGCUACAAGAUCGGCAAAGAGAUGCAGAACGCUUAAAAAAAAAAAAACAACCAACAACAACAAUGGAGAACAUAACAGACAACAACCCCACCCCCCCACCCAACCCCAAACAAACGUUGCAUGACUGGAUAGUUGUAUCGUCUUUGUACAGAAAUUAGAGAAACAGGGACAAAGAAAGGUUUGGUCUCACAGCUGGAUGUCACAUUACACAUUGGAUGUCUACUUUUAUUGUAUUCUUUUGUUUUUAUACAGACACUGAUAUCUCCUCUGUAUAGUGAAUCUAUGAUAAUAAAAGAUAAUCCAAAAAUAUAACGUGAGGAAAUAUUUCAUGGCAUAGGAAAUGGGGGUGACACUUGUAUGCAAAAAAACAUCCUUAUUAAAAUACAUUAUCACAUGUGCAAUAUUUAUUGUGUCAGUGAGACCACGCCUUUUAUUUGACCUGCUGAGUAAAAAAAAAAAAAAACGGUUUGAGUUUGCAAUGUUGGUGAAACAAAUCUGCAUCCACAUUUGGCGUAAAACAAUGACUCCCCUUCACUUCACGGUUAACGUCCCAUACAAUCAAUGAAGAAAAAAAAAGAAAAGAAAAAGUUGUUUGUGUUCAUUGACUGGUCUUUUUGGCACAAGCAGUCACCACUGUGAGCCACUCAAUGUUCUUGUCCCCCUCAUUCUGGUACUUCCUUCACCGUGUGUCUAGUAUGUGAGUUCCCACGCUCACAGCGCUCCUGGCUAAAAUCGCCUUCUUUGACUUGACAUCGUCAGGACUCUCAGUCAGCGCAGGGAGUCCUGUGACCACUUACUUAACAAAGCUUAAUUAACAAGACAGCAGUCGCUAAGUAAUGUGCAUAAUGUCCAAUUUACAAUAAAAUCAAAACGUAUCACUUCCUCCUCCAGUGCUUAUUUUUAUUAAAAACAGAACCUGUAUUAUAUAACAAGGCACAUUGUAAUAUAUACCUGUAUGAAACAUCCUGUCUGUUAGUUUGGUGGUUUAUUUCCAUGAGAUUAAUUGUAAUUCAGUCACAAUUAUGUUGCAUUAAAUGACAAAUUUUCUA